CGAAGCAGGGAUUCACGGCGAGAGAGCGUCGUUCCUGACUCGUUGCUUUUCUUCUCCCGAGGCGGGCGAGCGAGCAAGGAGUCACCUCAAACCCGUUCCUUCCCCUACCUCCCUCUAACCUAGCACCGCACGUCGUCCGUCCUUUUGCGUACGUCGCGCUAAGUUCCAACACGCACCACACGCACGCAACGCUCCUCUUCUGCUUCUCCACCCCAACAAUCCAUCACCAAAGAAACCACCCCCCCACGAUAGAGAGAGAGAGAGAGAUGGCGUCCUCGGCUAUACCACCACCACCACCGAACUUCGUUCGUAGCAGCUCGUCGUCGCUCACCGCUACCUCGUUCCACGGCGGAAACUCUUUUUCCCAGACCGCCAACUCGACUCCUGCCGGUACGCCGCCUCCGCCUCAGUCCUCGCAGCUCGACCCCCGCAAUGGCCCGCCGACGAUAUAUACCGCGAUCUACUCGGGCGUCCCCGUUUACGAGAUGAUGGUCAACAACGUGGCGGUGAUGCGACGGCGAGACGACUCGUGGCUGAAUGCGACACAAAUCCUUAAGGUUGCUGGUGUCGAGAAGGGAAAGCGCACGAAGGUCUUGGAGAAGGAGAUACUGUCCGGAAAGCAUGAGAAGGUUCAGGGCGGGUACGGGAAGUACCAGGGUACAUGGAUCGACUUCCAGCGCGGACGUGACUUUUGUAGAGCCUAUGGUGUUGAGGAUCUUCUCUCGCCGCUACUGGAUUUGGAUACGACGUCGGCAGCGGGGCACGAUUCUACUCCGACCAAGGAGCAGGCGAUGGCGGCGAAACGAAAGCGGAUGUACAACUCUAGUCUCAACCAUGCUAACGGCGGAGCCAGUCCGAUAUUCGCACCCAUCUCAUCGACUGUGACGAACGCCUUUACAGCGCUGGGGAAGGCCAGCGCGCGCCACGAAUCGCCUGGCCCUCGUCCGCAGGGAAUCGCACCGAUGCCGCCGACAGCGCAGGGCGGGCCGAUGCGGAACGAGGUGCACAGCCAGCAGGGAUGGCCACCGCCGCCCGCCAGUAUCGCCUCGGAACUGAGUUUCGGCCAGUCGCAGUCGCAGAAUUACCCCGACUCCGCGUAUGCGUCGCAGAAUAUCAUGGUUGCCGAAUACAAGCCCGAAAUCCACGAGCCGCCCCGGAAGCGCGUGCGUGCUAGCACUCCGACCAACAGUGACAUCCCCGUAGAUCUGUUCCAGCCGCAGCUCGAUGCUCCAUUGCCGCCGCUCAAUCCCGACCUCAUCCCUAAUGCCGACCAGGCGAGGCAAACGCUCAUGGAUGUGUUUGUGCACUCGGAAAGCGAGGCGAUCGCACAUCUGGAAGGAUUGACCCGAGAGCAGGUCGAUGUGCCGUUAGACAACAUGGGUAGUGCUGCAAUUCAUUGGGCAGCUUCGCUGGCGAGGGUCAACCUCAUCCGAGCACUAAUUGCACGCGGGGCUUCCAUAUACCGCGUCAACGAGGCUGGCGAGACGGCGUUGGUUCGCGGCUGCUUCUGCACCAACAACUUUGACCAAUCCUCGUUCCCGCAGCUAUUGAACCUGCUCCACCCCACCAUUUCCAUCGCGGACAACAACGGUCGGACGAUACUGCAUCACAUCGCGCUGAAGUCCGGGAUGAAGGGUCGCAGUGCAGACGGACGCUACUACCUGCAUUGCCUGCUCGAGUUCAUCGCCAAGCAUGGUGCGUCCUCGUCGUCUGCGCAGCGUGGGCCCGGCCCCAAGGUCAUGAACCUGGGCCGCUUCAUCACGGAUAUCGUCAACGCGCAGGACAAGAGCGGGGACACGGCGUUGAACAUUGCUGCUCGUAUAGGAAACAAGAGUAUUGUCAACCCGUUGUUGGAGGUAGGUGCGGACUCGAGUAUUCCAAACCGCGCGGGGUUGAGACCAGUCGACUUUGGUAUCGGCGGGGAGCCGGCGCCAGUUCCCCGCGGCAGAGAGCAGACUUGGACUGUGCCCCCAGCGGUGGUGCAGAAGAGGGAGGAUAUCGUGAAGUCUAUGAAAGAGGUUAUCGCUGGGAUCGAGAAGGAUUUCCAAAUUGAGAUCGAGGGUAAGCAGGAGCAGGUAUCGACGACACUAAACCAACUUCGCGAGGUGACGCUCAAACUCGGCAAGGAGCGAGAGAACAUGGACCAGAUCCGGCAACGCUCACGCGAGCACGCCGAGCUACGGCAGCACUGUAAAAACCUGCGGCGUGCGAUCGAGGAAGAAAACGCUCGCUUCGCCGCGCAGUUUCCUACCACUAAUGGAAGCCAGCCCGAAGGAGAAACUGCCGAUGCGCCGUUCCAACUCAAGAAAUCGCUGCUAGCUCCGGUUAAUAACAUCUCCAACCUCACCGCUCAGCAGCUGGAGUACGUCAAAGGGCUCCCAUCGGCGCCCGUGUUGAAGGCACGACUCAGGGCGUACCAUGCAAACGAAGAUGCGUUGCGCGAGAAGGCGGCUAGACUCCACGAUAGGUCGACGGACCUGGAGGAAAAGUUUAGACGGGUUGUGGCGCUGUGUACCAACGUGGACGAAGAAAGGGUCGACUCGCUGCUGGAAGGUCUCGUUCAAGCUGUCGAGAGCGAUCCGGGCGAGGUCGAUACAGCACGUGUCAGUAGUUUUUUGAGGAAGGUGGAUGAAAGUGUUGGUGGUGAUUGAAUAAGUUGCAAUGGCAGGGAGAAUGGGAUGAUUUGUACAUUUAUUGCUUGGCUGUCUCUUUGAUUUGCGCUUUCUAUAUCUCUCUCGUUGAAUGUCGGAUGUCGGAUUGGCUUGGAUGUGCGGAUGGUUGGUGGUGGGUUAAGGCGUUGAAAUGCAUUUCUCCCUUUUUUGUGCAUGCAGACUUAUGGUAUCCAUGUUCAUAUCAUCUCACUCGC